AUGACUUCAGCUAAUGCAUCCCACAUUGGCCGAGUGUGCACAACUUGGGGAAACUAUCACUUCAAAACCUUUGAUGGCGAUUUCUUCCAGCUGAAUUCGAGUUGUAACCAUGUCCUUGCAAUACAAUGCAAGGACAGCUAUGAAAACUUUAAUAUCCAGAUGCGGCGGUGCUUAGUCAACAACAUCCCCACAAUCAGCAAAAUCAUCAUGAUGCUGGAAGGAUCUGAGGUGGAGCUCUCUAACAACUCAGUGCUUGUCAAUGGCAAGAUGGAAUCUCUUCCAUUCAGUAAAUCAGGAGUGACUGUCAAGGGGACCGCAUCUAGUAUCUCUGUUGAAGCUAAUCUGGGAAUAAAGGCAAUCUGGAACCUGGACGACUCCCUUGAUAUUGAAAUAGAUGAGAAAUAUCGAACUCAGACAUGUGGACUGUGUGGAAACUUUGAUGGCAUAUCCAAUGAAUUCCUGAAUGAUGGAACCCCAGUGUCUGUGGUGGACUAUGCUGAGACCUGGAAGAUAAAUGGCCCCACAGAGUACUGUGAGGAGACUGACAUCAACCCAGUCCCGAGCUGUGGUGAUAAGCAAUUCUGUGACCAGACUUUCUCCAGUGAUCCCUUUGUUGAUUGCCAAAACAUUCUUGACGUGGAAUCCUUUAGUAAAGCCUGUAUGGUGGACACGUGCAACUCUACAGACAACACUACUUUUGUCCUCUGCAAAACACUUUCAGAGUUCUCCAGACAGUGCAUCCAUGCAGGUGGCAAACCCCAAGAAUGGAGGAACGAUACAUUUUGCUACAAGAAAUGUCCAUACAACAUGGUGUUCUUGGAAUGCAGCAGUUCAUGUCCUGACAGCUGUUCCACCCCUCAGGCCAGCCAGACAUGGAUGGUCUUUGAUGAUAUUGGUAACAGCGGAUGUAUCGCAGUCUCUCAGUGUCCAUGUCUGCACAACAACGAAAUCUACAAGCCAGGAGAGUCCUACUCGCACCACUGUGGAUCCUGUGUAUGUGAAAGCGGUCAGUGGAGUUGUACAGAGACAAACUGUCCAGGAAUCUGUUCUGUCAAAGGAGGAGCUCAUGUUAACACCUUUGAUGGAAAAGUCUACACAUUUCAUGGCGAUUGCUCCUAUGUUCUAGCUAAGGACAGUAAUGGUUUGUCCUACACUGUGCUGGUGGAUCUGGUCAAGUGCGGGCUAAGUGACACAAAGACUUGCCUCAGAACUGUAACUUUGGCCUUAGGCAGCAAUUCUGUGGUUGUUAAAGUUCAGGCAUCUGGGCAGGUCUAUGUGAACCAGAUUCAUUCUCAGCCUCCACUGUUUACAGCUGAUCUGAGAGUCUUUAAGCCAUCUUCCUUCUACAUCCUUGUAAGCACCACAGUGGGCAUACAACUGAUGAUUCAGCUGUCUCCCAUAAUGCAGCUGUUCAUUUCAGCUGACAGGUCCCUCACAGGAACCACCUCUGGUUUAUGUGGAAACUUCAACGACAUCAUGAGUGACGACUUUAGAGUGACAAGUGGGCUGGUGGAAGGCACUGCUGCUGCAUUUGCAAAUGCAUGGAAAACCAGAGCCAGCUGCCCAGACAUUAUAUCACAUUUUGGAGACCCUUGUAACAACAACAUCCUCACAGAGAAAUAUGCUGAUUUCUGGUGCUCCAAAUUAACUGAUCCCGAGGGAGUAUUUGCUCCCUGCCACGCUGUUGUUAGCCCCAGCACAUAUAAAGAUAACUGUAUGUAUGACACCUGUAACUGUGAAAAAAGUGAGGACUGCAUGUGUGCUGCAGUUUCCUCAUAUGUCUAUGCCUGCUCAGCAGCAGGAGUCCACAUCAGUGGCUGGAGGAAAACCAUCUGUGAGACAUUCAGCACAUCAUGUGCAGCAGAAACUGUGUAUAACUACAACAUGACCAGCUGUGGGCGUACCUGCCGUUCCCUCGGCCAGACUGACUACUCUUGUCAGGUCAACUUCACCACAGUGGAUGGCUGUGGCUGUUCUGAAGGAACUUACAUGAAUGAGGAAGGCCAGUGUGUAGCCCGUGAAUCCUGUCCCUGCUAUGCUGAAGGCAUUAUUGUUCCUCCUGGACAGACUAUCAGUUUACCAUUAGGUUCACCACAAUGCGAAUAUCCCAUGGUGUACUUUGACUGCUCCACUGCUCAACCUGGGGCUACUGGCACUGAAUGUCAAAAGAGCUGCAGCACCGCUGACAUGGCUUGUAUCCACACAGGCUGUACAUCAGGCUGCAUAUGCCCAGAUGGGCUGUUGUCAGAUGGAGCAGGAGGCUGCGUCAAUGAGACCAGCUGUCCAUGUGUGCACAAUGGACAAGUCUACCAGCCUGGAGAGACACUGACAGUGGAUUGCAAUACCUGUUCCUGCAGUGGAAGGAAGUUCACAUGUACCAACGAGACGUGUGAUGCUGUUUGUGGAAUCUAUGGAGAUGGUCACUACGUCACCUUUGACGAUAAGAGGUUCGACUUCAGUGGACAGUGCGAAUACACACUUCUACAAGACUUCUGUGGCACCUAUAAUGGCAAUGGAAGCUUCAGAAUUAUUACUGAAAAUGUUCCAUGUGGAACAACAGGAACCACCUGUUCUAAGACCAUCAAGAUCUUCUUGGGGGAUAAUGAAUUCCAGCUUAAAGAUGACAAUUUACAAGUGGUAAAGGGCACUAUCCAGGCGCUUCAGGUACAAAAAAUGGGCAUUUACAUAGUGGUGACAAUCAAGCCUGGACUUGUUCUCAUGUGGGACCAGAAGACCAGUCUUUUCAUUACAAUCAGUCCACAGUUCCAGGGUCAGGUCUGUGGUCUGUGUGGAAACUAUGAUGGUAACAGUAAGAAUGACUUCACCACACGCUCCCAGGAAAUAGUAGCAGAUGUUCUACAAUUUGGUAACAGCUGGAAAGUUUCAUCUAGUUGCCCCAGUGCAGAGCUAAUCAGUGAUCCCUGUGCCUCAAAUCGCUACCGGGCAGCCUGGUCUCAAAAACAGUGCAGUAUCAUCACAAGUGUCACCUUCCAGAGCUGUCAUUCAAAGGUUGACCCUGGUCCAUAUUUUGAUUCCUGUGUGAGAGACUCCUGUGCUUGUGACACUGGUGGGGACUGCGAAUGUCUCUGUACUGCGGUGGCUGCAUAUGCUAAAGCCUGUAAUGAAGCUGGGACCUGCAUUGCAUGGAGGACUCCAAAGUUUUGUCCUAUUUUCUGUGACUACUAUAAUUCACCUGGUGAAUGUGAGUGGCACUAUAAGCCUUGUGGAGCUAAUUGCAUGAAAACAUGUAGGAAUCCAUGUGGAAACUGCUCGUCACUCAUCACCAACCUGGAAGGCUGCUAUCCACAGUGUCCCCCGAACCAACCCUACUUUGAUGAAGACACUAUGAAGUGCGUUUCCGGGGACCAGUGUGGAUGCUAUGAUGACCAAGGCAACCAUUACAACAUUGGUGAAAAGGUUCCAUCAGAGAACUGCUACACCUGCUUAUGUACAAUGUCGGGGAUACAAUGUAACUACAGUGUUAACUAUUGUACAUGCAUCAUUAAUGGAAAAAUGUACAACUAUGGGGACAAUAUCUACAACACAACUGAUGGCCUAGGAAACUGCAUCACAGCUGAGUGUGCAGAGAAUGGAAUUGUAACAAGGAGCAUAUACCCCUGCUUUAUUACCACAACAAGGUUCAACUUCUAUUGCUCCCAUAACAGAGACACUUCCAGGCAGCACGACUGUUUACGCAACAAGUGUAAACCCCAGUGUGACCAAAACCACAUUGGGAACAACAGCAUCCUCUACCACAACUGUUGUUGA